AUGGACGGUCUGCAAGGCACGUUGCGCGAUGAACAAUCUCUCCCGUGUCAGUGCCUCCCACACACUCCACGCACCUGCCGCUUACAAGCUGAAAAUCAGUCUCGCGCUCAACCAUCUUCUCCCUUCCUCCCUUCCUCACUACCUCCCUCCCUCCCUCCCUUACUCUCUCCCUCCGUCCCUCCUUUCCUCCCUUCCCCGCUCCCUCCCUCCAUCCCUCCCUCCCUCCCUCCCUUCCACACUCCCUCCCUCCCUCCCUCCCUCCCUCUCCCCCUCUCUCCCUACCUUCCUGCCUCCCUCCCUCCCUCUCUUCCUCCCUCCCUCCCACCCUCACUCCCUCCCACCCUCCUUUCCUCCCGCCCAUCCUCCCACUCUCUCUUCACGCACCUGCAGCAGCACGGAAUGACAGCCAGGCGUCAGGCACUCCCCAACGCCCACGCCCACACCCACAGCAGCCCCAGGAGUGGCUCCAUUGGGGCUAGUCCUGAGCCAUCCCUUCAGAAGCGCAACAGUGCUGAGCCAUCCCUUCAGGAGCGCAUCAGUGCUGAGCCAUCCCUUCAGGAGUGCAUCAGUGCUGAGCCAUCUCUUCAGGAGCGCAUCAGUGCUGAGCCAUCCCUUCAGGAGCGCAUCAGUGCUGGGCCAUCCCUUCAGGAGCGCAUCAGUGCUGAGCCAUCGCUUCAGGAGCGCAUCAGUGCUUAG